UGUGUCAAACUUAGUGCGCUGCUGUUAUCAUGGACCUGUAAAGCGGUACUUCUAGCUUAGCUCUCCGUGGACUUCUCUAGCGACAUUGGUAACUCACUUUUCUUACAGAUGGACGCUGGAAACGGACAGAGAGUUCGACCUCUGUUGUUGGUUCAAUAAAGCUCCAGAGCUGCGUGUUGUUGAAACAGAGCCAUGAGACAAAGGGGUUUGGGGGUCAUGCGGGCUGUGGGACGCCUGCUGCUGUCCCUCCUCCUGCUGUCCUGGGAAGGAAAGCUCAUUCAGGUUGGAGGGGUUACAUCCGUCACCCUCCCAGAAUCCCUCCUGUUCGUCUCCACGUUGGACGGUAGUCUGCACGCUGUCUCCAAACAGUCAGGAGACAUCAAGUGGACCCUGAGAGAAGACCCCAUUAUUCAAGUACCUGUCUAUCUCACAGAGCCGGGUUUUCUCCCAGACCCCAAUGAUGGCAGUUUGUAUGUCCUGGGAGGCAAACACAAGGAAGGCCUGAUGAAACUACCCUUUACCAUCCCAGAGCUGGUUCAGUCGGCUCCCUGCAGGAGCUCUGACGGUAUACUCUAUACAGGUAAAAAGCAGGAUGUUUGGUUUGUGGUGGAUCCUGAGACGGGCGAGAAGCAAACCAGUUUAACCACCUCCUCCUCCGAAUCCAUCUGCCCUAACACUCCUCUGCUCUACAUUGGACGCACAGAAUACAUGGUCACCAUGUUUGACACCAAGACACAGGAGCUGCGAUGGAACGCUACGUACAAUGAUUACUCUGCUCCACCUUAUGAUGACAAACAGGACUACAAGAUGGCCCAUCUUGUGUCGAGUGGUGAUGGUCUCGUUGUGACAGUUGACAGAGAGACAGGUGACGUCUUGUGGAGUCAGAACUAUGGGUCGCCCGUCGUGGGGGUCUACCUGUACUCUGGCGACUCACUGAGACACGCCCCCCACCUGUCCCUCGCCAUGGAAACGCUACGCUUCCUCACCUUCUCCUCUGCCAACGAACAGGCAGACACGCACUCCACAUUGAAGUGGAGCUAUCAGUUUGUGAAAGAGCAAGCCAGCGCACAAGCACAACUAGUACCCACUCUCUAUGUAGGAAAAUUGGACUCCCACCUCUACGCCUCCACUUCCCUCGUCCACCAUGGAGUGUCAUUAGUGCCUCGGGGACUGGUCCUGGCUCGAAUCGAGGGUCCAGUGACGGCCGGAGUGACGGUCAGUGAGCGAGGGGAGUGUGAGAUCACACCGUUCACUGAUGUGCGCUAUCCUCCAGGGAGCACAAACAGCAGGAAAAACCACUGGCUGCUAAUAGGUCAUCACGAGCUCCCUCCAGUGGCUCACACCACCAUGCUGAGGGAUUUCCCAGCUGGCCUGCAGCGUUCUGGUGAGGCCGUCAUCCACCCUCGAACUUCUGCCUCCUCUGCCUCACCUGCCUCCUACUACCAUCAGCGCUACUACGAGACAGUUGCUGGUAGCCAUGGCGACACUCAUGCUAACAGAGGAGGGUUCGAUGGGAGGUCAACGGGACAGGCCCAGAGGCCGGCGGCUGUGACGCCUUUCUAUAUGAAUCUGGACCGUCUGACUCUGGCUGUUCUGACGCUGCUGCUGGGAGGAUGGCUGGCCUUCGCACUCACGUACCCCGUUCGUGCGGCUCAUCAGCUGAAAGCUCAGAGGCGGAUGGAGGAGGCUUUUGAGUCUCGUCUCCAGCGCAUGCAGACGAACAUGCAGACCGUGACCUCGGUUUCUUCAGACACAACCCUUUCUACUGACACAAACCUCUCCAGUGACUCUCCGCCUGCCUCUGCAGACCCUCCACCCAGUCCUCACACUCACAGCAGCAGCACCUCAGAUGUCGAUAGAAAUGGCACCGCUGGGCACAAACCCACAGCAGAAGGAAACAGUGAGGAGGUGCAGGUGGGAAAAAUCUCCUUCACGCCGUCUGAGGUGCUCGGACACGGCACGGCGGGAACUUUUGUCUUCAGGGGUAACUUUGAUGGACGCCACGUGGCGGUGAAGCGAAUACUGCCGGAGUGUUUCGAGGUAGCAGAACGUGAGGUGCAGCUCCUCCGAGAGUCGGACACUCACCCGAACGUCAUCCGAUAUUUCUGCACAGAGAGAGACCGCCUCUUCACCUACAUCGCCAUCGAGCUGUGCGCUGCCACCCUGCAACAGUACGUCGAGGAUCCGUCUUGCUUUCCUGAGCUGAAUCCUAUAACUCUGCUGGGAGAGACCAUGUGUGGCCUCUCACACCUCCACUCACUCAACAUAGUGCAUCGUGACCUGAAGCCUAGAAACAUCCUCCUCUCUGGUCCCAGUGCGCUGGGUCGGGUCCGAGCUCUCAUCUCUGACUUUGGACUCUGUAAGAAGAUCCCAGCCGGUCGGAGCAGCUUCUCUCUGCGGUCGGGAAUACCAGGAACUGAAGGGUGGAUAGCUCCUGAAGUACUGCGGGAUACUCCCUGCAACAAACCGACAGCAGCUGUGGACGUCUUCUCGGCAGGCUGUGUGUUCUACUUUGUGGUCAGCAGGGGGCAGCACCCCUUUGGAGAUUCAUUAAGACGGCAGGUCAACAUCCUGUCAGGAGAAUAUUCACUCUCGCAUUUUAUGGAGGACAUACACGAUAACGUCAUAGCACAGGAUCUGAUCGAGCAGAUGAUCAGUGCCGAGGCCGAGUCGCGGCCCUCCACCGCCUGUGUGCUCAAACAUCCAUUCUUCUGGAGCCCUGAGAAGCAGCUGCUCUUUUUCCAGGACGUGAGUGACCGCAUAGAGAAGGAGCCAGCAGACAGUCCGAUCGUGGUCAAACUGGAGACUGCAGGGAGAACGGUGGUCCGAACCAACUGGAGGAUGCAUAUCUCUGUGCCUCUGCAGACAGACUUGAGGCGGUUCAGGACAUAUAAAGGAAACUCAGUCAGAGAUCUGCUGAGAGCCAUGAGGAAUAAGAAACACCACUACCACGAGUUGCCACCGGAGGUGCAGGAGACUCUCGGUGAGCUGCCCGAAGGCUUCGUCAGCUACUUCACCUCGCGGUUUCCACGGUUACUGAUGCACACACACGCUGCUCUGCACAUCUGCUCCCACGAAAGACUGUUUCACCCCUACUAUCUCCCCCCCAACGCGAAACAGCAAUAACAUGACUCUGCACAUUUUACUCUAUGCACACUGAUGUACUUUUUUGAAGAGCAACAGAAAUCGCUGACAGUGCCCCUUUAUUGCUUUUGUAAAGCCUGCACUGUAUUUUUGGUACAGUGCUGUGAAAAAGUUUUUUUAUAUGGCUUGAGUUGUUUUAUAAUAAUUUUAUUUUUCUGCAGCUGUUGAUCAGGAAACGUUUUUAAGAUUAAAAUAGAAAGCACUCCGAGCAGACACCUCCACUGAAGCUGCAUACAUUAUUAAUAUAAUUAAUGAACAAUGUUAAUGAACUACAUCUUAAUGUGUCAUUUUUAUAUACAAUUAAAUGCAAUAGUUCAUCAAUGUGUUUCCUCUAAACUACUGUAGAAACAUGGCGGUGCACCACGGUGGACUCCGUGUAGAGGACCUGUUCCCCAUGUUGAUAUGAAGAGCUCAUUCUAAGCCAACAAAAACACAAUUUUUAGUUUCAGGUGAUUAUACACAAAUAAUAACAUAGUUCUGACUACUAUAUUCCAUUUCUGCUAAUAGAUCCCCAGAAAUGCAACACACUGGUCCUCUAAAGUUUUUUAUUUUUAUUUACUGUUUCAUAAUGGACAGACAGAGGGAGAGAGAGGGGUAUGACAUGCAACAAUUUGAUUUUUAAAGUUUUUCUGAAACCUAUAUAAUGUUAUUUAAUAUUACAUUAAACCAAUAGUAAAAUGUUAUUUAUUUUAUGAUGACAUUCAUUUGAAAUCAAUAAAAAACAAAACAACAUAACAGAUUUUCUGGCAUCCAACGCACUCUGAUUUGGUUGACACGAGCGUAUUGUUUACCUAUUAAAAGCUCUGGUGUCCAGAUUAAACGGCAGCACAAACCGUAUGCGAUGUGACACAAACACUUUAUGUCAUAGUAGAAAUCUCUGCUAUCCUUUUUACCAGAUAAACCGUUUACUCCUGUUGCUGCUGUGCUUCUCUCAGCUCCUCUGUAGGAACAAAGACUCCACAAUAUUUGCUUUGCUGUUUGUUUUUAUGUUUUUGAUAUGUUUGUGCGAAUGCAGCUACACUGACUGAAGAAUGUACUGAGCCUUGUUUCUCACCUAAAGCAGUACAUGAAGUAGAUGGUCAAAUAUCGUUGGCACUGUUAAAAGAGUUCUGGGAAAAUCAGAUCGAUCACCAAUGUGUGCAGGCAAUAAUGCAACAACGGCAACUACAUCAUUUGACAAUGUCAUUUAAAUUUAUAGACAUUUUCAAAUGAAAUGCAAUACAUGUAACCACUCUUGAAUGUUGGUAUUUCUUGACAUUUUUUAGACACUCAGAAUGACACUAAAUGCUCUCAGAGAUAUGUGAAGUAUCUCCCUGUAACUACUGGAUGAAGGUGUUUUUAUUGGUCUGCAGUAGAAUGAAUGAUGAAGAAUCGAAACUUUUGUACUUUUUUUGCGAAUGAGUGAAUUAAACGCUUUGGG